AUAUAAAAGCGCAACAAUCGCUUCUGCAACAAACAAAUUCAGCAAAAAUGGCGUCUUGGGCACUCUCCAGAAUAACAAACCUCCAAAACCACUUAAACCCCACCCCCAAGGGUGAAAACCUAAUUAAGAUAUCCCCAGAAGUUUCAGAAGCUCUAUCACUUGGUAAAGCAGUUGUUGCUCUUGAAUCCACCAUUAUUUCUCAUGGAAUGCCGUAUCCGCAAAAUUUGGAGACAGCCAAAGAGGUGGAGGAAAUAGUAAGGCAGAACGGAGCUGUACCUGCCACUAUUGCUAUUUUGGACGGCGUAUCGUGCAUAGGUUUAUCUGUGGAAGAACUCGAAAGGCUUGCUAUUCUAGGAAGAAAGGCUCGAAAGACAGCUCGUAGGGACAUUGCACAUGUUAUAGCUACCAGAGGGAAUGGUGCGACAACUGUUUCUGCAACAAUGUUUUUUGCAUCGAUGGUUGGCAUUCCAAUAUUCGUCACCGGGGGUAUUGGUGGAGUUCAUAGACAUGGAGAGAGUACAAUGGAUAUUUCUUCGGAUCUGGUGGAGCUAGGAAGGACACCUGUUGCUGUAGUUUCUGCAGGGGUGAAAUCAAUAUUAGAUAUUUCAAGAACCCUGGAGUAUUUGGAAACUCAAGGAGUAUGUGUUACUGCAUAUCAAACCAGCGAAUUCCCUGCCUUUUUCACUGAUAAAAGUGGCUUCAAGGCACCUAGUCGUGUUGAUUCGCCUGAAGAGUGUGCCCGACUAAUAGAUACGAGCAGUAAUCUUAAACUCGGGACUGGAAUUCUAAUAGGAGUCCCUAUUCCAAGCGAACAUUCUGCUUCAGGAAAAACAAUCGAAUCAGCAAUACAGAAAGCUCUUAGCGAAGCUCGAGAGAAGAAUAUCACUGGUAGUGCCGAAACUCCUUUUUUACUUGCUAGAGUAAACGAGCUAACCGGAGGAGCAUCCCUUGCUUCGAAUAUCGCUCUUGUGAAAAAUAACGCACGCGUAGGUGCUCAGAUUGCAGUCUCCCUUUCUCAGCUCCGAGAACAAAGUUCUUAAGGUGAAAAGGGAGUACCAAAUCUUGCAAAUUGUGAUGUUUACUUUAUGGAUGGUUUAAAUUGAGGAGCACCUAAUUUGAAAAGUCAGAAGAAAAGAGAAGUGUGUGUUUGGAAGUAUGUGUGAGAAUUUCUUGCAAUUCCCACACUUGGGAACAAAACUGAUGGCAUUAUUGUUUGGCUUUGUUAGGGCGUGUUUGGAUCUUAGUGAUUCUUGAAGAAUAUUAUUUUAGACUUUUUUUGUUUUAGGGCACAGACCUUUGAUUCCUUAUCCACCUUGUGUCAUGACAAACAUAAAACAAAAGUGAAGGUGAUUCCAAAAUUUUCUAACGA